AUGGCCCCUGAGAAGGAUGCCUGCAGUUGCAGCCGAUUGCCGCCGAGCCCUGCCACCUCUGCCGAUUGCCGCCAAGGUUUUCUGCUGCCUGGUCCAGCCACCACCGCAGCCGUCUGCCACCGCCCCAGUGCUCGGGAGAGUGGAAAGGCACAUUAUUGGCGACCUUGUGUAUUCCCCUUCAUCUACAAGAACCGGAUAUUCUACACCUGCACCACUGAAGAUACUCAAUCUGGAAAGUUCUGGUGCUCAGCAACGGGAGACUAUGAUAACGAUGGGGAAUGGAGCUACUGUGCUGAUACCAGACAACAUGCAAAUAAAAGAGGGCCUUGUAUUUUCCCUUUCACCUAUGAAGGCAACUCCUAUACAUCUUGUACGACCAAAGGGGAUACCACUGGGAAGCUCUGGUGUUCUCUCAGCCAGAACUAUAAGUCAAAUUGGACAUACUGUGAUCCCUCAGAACUCCGCCCGUGCCACUUUUCCUUUAUUUUCAAGGGGAAAUCCUAUUCUUCAUGCACAAAAGAAGGAGCUCCUGAUGGGCAACUAUGGUGCGCCACCACAGCCAACUAUGACAAGGACAAAAAAUGGAAGGCAUGUUCUCUUCAAGAGUAUGAAGGGAACUCCAGAGGACAGGCCUGUGUCUUCCCUUUUAUCUACAAGAACCGGACAUUCUACACUUGCACCAAUGAAAGUGAUGAGAAUGGGAGAUUCUGGUGUGCAACCACAGGGAACCAUGAUAAGGAUAAGAAGUGGAGCUACUGUGCUGAUACAAGACUCGAUAAAGCUCCAAAGGGGCCAUGUGUCUUCCCAUUUAUCUACAAUCGCAGGUCCUAUUCAUCUUGUGCAACAGAUGGAUCACAGAAUGGAACACUCUGGUGUUCUCUCACUAGGAAUCAUGAUGUGAUCCCUAAGAGGGCAAACUGUAAUCCAUCAGAACCUUUUCCUUGCAGUUUCCCCUUCACUUUCGAAGGAAAAUCAUAUAAUGCAUGCACCACGGAGGGAUCUGCUGAUGAGAAACUUUGGUGUUCCACCACUGAUAACUAUGACGAGGAUGGUAAAUGGAGGGUGUGUUCUGUUCAAGGACUCACACUGUACACCUGCAUCAAUGAAGAUAAAGAUAACGAAAGGUUCUGGUGCGCCACUACAGAGAACUUUGACAGGGACAAGAAGUGGAGUUAUUGUGCUGACACAAGACUAGCUGCAAAUGCUCACAGACUGUGUAUGUUCCCUUUUGUCUACAAUGGAAAGUUCUACUCAUCAUGUACAUCUCAUGGGACCUCUUCUGGGAAGCUCUGGUGCUCUCUGACUAGCAACUAUGAUGAAGACUUCAAGUGGGACUACUGUGAUUCAUCAGUCCCCCGUCCCUGUGUCUUCCCAUUCAUUUACAAUGGCAAGUCCUAUUCCAAAUGCACCAAGGAUGGAAGUGAGCGUGGAAAGCUGUGGUGUUCAACGACUGCCAACCAUGACAAGAAUCCCCAAUGGAAGCAUUGUGCCCUUAGUGAGUAUGGCGGAAAUUCCGGUGGGCGAGCCUGUGUCUUCCCUUACGUCUAUAAGGGCCGGACGUACUACACAUGUACCAAUGAAGAUGCAGAGACAGGGAACUUCUGGUGUGCCACAACGGGGAGCCAUGAUAGGGAUGCGAAAUGGAGCUACUGUGCUGAUACCAUUGUAUCUGUUGAUGGACGGCUGGCCCAACUCUGCCCCUGA